GGGUGGUUAAAACACGUUUAACGAACUUGCGGGUAAAAACGUAAGGGAGUGACAAAUAAAAGGAGUUUUUUUUUCAUGAGAAAAAGGGAAAUCUGGGGUCUUUCUCUCUCGCAUUGUCACUCUGACUAGUGACUACUACUGUCAUUCUCUCUCAGGCGACUUCUCAUUGACCUUUUCUCAACGUCUCUCCUCCUCUGUCUUUGGCCAUGGUGGUGGUUUAUAGGCAAGCUCUGCUGCUCGCAUUCUUCGCAUUUCUUGGAUUUCAAUACUUGCCUUUUUCCACCCAAGCAGCAGGUUGUCCAUUGGACUUGACUUCAUCUAACUUCACUCUCGUGGCUUCUGUUUGCUCAAACAAUGCCGACAGAGCCCAAUGCUGCCGCUACAUGAAUGCUUUCGUUGCAGUAUCUGUUGCCCGCUAUGCAAACUACAGUACAGAUCUUGGAGUUCCAGCUGAUUUGACCGAAAUAUGCAUCAGUACCAUCUCUAGAACCAUGGAGCUUUAUGGAAUUCCAAGAAAUGCAACUAUCUUCUGUGGUUUAGGGACCAAGAUUCUUGUCAACUACGACUGUGAGGGUCUGACCACUGUAACGCAGAUGCUUCAGUCCAUCACGUUUCGAGAUGUUUCUAAAAACUGCAGACUCCCACUUCCACCGGGUAAACACUGUAGGAAGUGCUUGGAUUCCGGUGUCACCUACCUUCGUAGUCUCGUUGGUGCAGAUAAUAGCAUCAAACUGAGCACUUGUCGAGAUGCAACUUAUGCUGUAUUAGCUAGCCGGGUUGACAAUUCAUCGGCCCUUGAACUUGCUAGCUGCUUCUUUAAUGUGCCUGAGCUUAGCCCCUCUCCAGAGUCGUCUCCAGCGUCACUGAGCCCAGAAACUUCUCCAAGUCCUGAGCUAGCUGAUAGUCCAAGCAGUGAUAAUCUUGUUUUGUCUGCAAUUAAAAGUCACCAUCGAUAUCACUUGACAGUGGUUCCAGCUAUUGGGAUCGCUGUUACUGCUUUUGCUCUUGUUAUGCUCGCAGUCCUAAUAGUUCUUAUCCAAAGAAAAAAACAGGAACUUGAUGACUCCAAGGGCUUGGAAUGUGAUCUAAAGACGCUUCCUUCUCCCCGCCCAAGGUCGAUCAUUCAUGAAGUUUUUGCAGGUAAUUCGUCUGCUUUUCGGAAGUUCAGUUACAGGGAGAUAAGGAAAGCAACUGAAGAUUUCAAAAUGGUGAUUGGCAGUGGGGGCUUUGGCACUGUUCACAAAGCUGAGUUCAGUAAUGGGUUGGUCGCAGCUGUGAAAAGGUUGAACAAGAGCUCUGAACAAGCAGAAGAUGAAUUUUGCAGAGAGAUAGAGCUUCUUGCCAGGCUGCAUCACCGCCAUCUAGUUGCUUUGAAAGGGUUUUGUAAUAAGAAGAAUGAGAGGUUCCUUGUCUACGAGUAUAUGGCAAAUGGGAGCCUCAAGGAUCAUAUACACUCCACAGAAAAACCUCCACUUAGUUGGGAAACUAGGAUGAAGAUCGCAAUAGAUGUGGCCAAUGCUCUGGAAUACCUUCAUUUCUACUGUGACCCUCCUCUCUGUCACAGAGACAUCAAGUCAAGCAACAUAUUACUUGACGAAAACUUUGUUGCUAAGCUUGCAGAUUUUGGCCUUGCUCAUGCUUCUAGAGAUGGCUCCAUUUGUUUUGAACCUGUUAAUACUGAUAUUCGUGGAACUCCAGGCUAUGUAGAUCCAGAGUACGUUGUAACACAAGAACUGACAGAGAAGAGUGACGUGUAUAGCUACGGAGUGGUGUUGCUAGAGAUCAUAACUGGGAAAGGAGCAGUCGUUGAAGGUAGGAACCUCGUAGAAAUGUGUACACCUUUACUGUUAUCGGAAUCAAGACGGAUAGAUCUGGUGGAUCCGAGAAUCAAAGACUGCAUAGAUGGAGAACAGCUUGAAACAGUAGUGGCAGUUGUAAGAUGGUGCACAGAGAAAGAAGGUGUGGCUAGACCAUCGAUCAAGCAAGUCCUGAGGCUGUUGUACGAAAGCUGUGAUCCGUUGCAUCUCGGGCUUGCAAUGGCAGUUGAGGAGAACAAAGGACGGUCGCUGAGAGGUGACUCAGGGUUUCAAAGUGGAGACAUCCGUGGCUUGGCUUCUUCCUCUAGUACCACUUCAAGGUCACAUUGUAGCCGGAGUUUUCUGCUCGAGACUGGCUCCCCUCCCUCUCCACCAAAUGGUCUUUCUUUUUGAGUGAGGAGAGAGACAAAUGAUCUCUCCUCAUAAUGCAUAUUUUGUUUUCUAGAAUUUGUCAUUUGGGUUUUCAUCCAAACUGUUUUCUAAUUGCAAUUUUGAAAGAUAAAUAUGUUUUCUAA